AUGGACACAGAGUGCCGCGGGCCGCAGCAGGGCGGCUCGUCGUGCUGGGCGACGGGCGCCGCGGCUUGGAGUUCAUCGCAGCAGAAGCGCCAGCGAUGCGAGGGUUCUUCCAGCGACCAAGUUGGAUCCAGCACAAGUGCUUCUGUGCAAAUGUCUGAAUCAGAGCUACCAGAUACUGAUUACGCAGAAAAUGAGGAAGAGGAUUACUAUAUGGAUGAUGAUGAUGAUGAUUGUGAUGAUGAAAACGGCGAUGACUCUGAAUAUGAAUUCGAUGAAGCUGACUUUAAUCAGCAGCUUGCUGAUAAAUUUGAUGAUUUAGAUCUGCCUCCAGGUGUCGAGGCUACUGUACCAUGGCUGCAGAAACUUGCAGCCAAUGACGAGCAGGAUGGAGCGUCAGAUGAGUUAGUUGAGGAUGAAAUUACAAAGAAAUAUAAGGCAUUUCAACAAUUCUACACUGUUCAAAAUUUCUCUGACCACCAUUAUGCUAAUAAAUCAGUGGGGAAGACAAGCAGGGAAUGGGCAAAGAGAAUUCAACAUGACUGGAAACUUUUGGAGAAAGAUCUACCAGCUUCUAUCUUUGUCCGUGUUGCUGAAGAUAGAAUGGAUCUUCUGAGGGCUGCGAUUAUUGGCCCUAAGGGAACACCCUAUCAUGAUGGUCUAUUCUUCUUUGAUGCACAUUUUACCUCUAAUUAUCCUUCAGAGCCUCCGUUGGUGUAUUACCAUUCUGGAGGGCUUCGACUUAACCCGAACUUGUAUAAUUGUGGAAAAGUCUGCCUUAGCCUCCUUGGUACCUGGAGUGGUAGUGGUUGCGAGAAGUGGAACUCAGCUCACUCAACCAUGCUGCAGGUGCUCGUGUCCAUUCAGGCUCUCAUUUUGAAUGAGAAGCCAUACUUCAAUGAGCCGGGAUAUGCAGGCUCUGCGAAUACCGCAACUGGACAACAGCAUUCUGUAGAGUAUAACAAGACCACAUUUCUGCACUCCUGUAGGACUAUGCUGUAUUCACUUAGAAGGCCUCCGGAGCACUUUGGAGACCUUGUCGCCGGCCACUUCCGGGAACGUGGACGCACCAUUCUGGCAGCAUGCAAACACUACCUAGAGGGUAACAUGGUUGGAUCGGAGGUCCCCGAAGAGGAAGAAGCGGAAUACGACGGCACUGGAGCAUCUAGCAGCAGCAGCAGCAGCAGCAGUGUACCAAAGAAGCAAGAAGUGUUGAGGGUGGAUCCUCUGGGUAGGCGCACUCAGUUCACUGACAACCUCAAGACGCUGUUCGAAGAUCUUCUGAUGGAGUUCAACGUGAAGGGCGCUGACACUAGGAAGUUCCUGGAAGACAAGGUGAAGAAGAACCUGCCCGCAGCCUGA